CAAGGACAGGGAGGGAUCCAGAAAAAGGAAGUGGGGGCUGUUGUCGUUCCAGUGAUUAACUGACCACUGUCUUGAAAGAGCGUGGGUGAGGGGCUGGUGAGUGCCGGGAGUUUCCGAGGGCUGAGUGAAGAGGUGUCUCUGAUGUCCGUGAAGAACAAUCGGGUCAGUGAUGGAGGCGAUCUCUGCCCCUUUCCCAGAAGAACCAGAAAUGACCAAGUCCCUGAGAAGGAAACAGAUCCACAGAGAAGUAACUUGCCCUGGGUCACACUGCUAGGAUCAGUGUCUUUCAAGGAUGUAACUGUAGACUUCAGCAGGGAAGAGUGGCAACAGUUGGACCUUGCUCAGAAAAGUCUAUACAGGGAUGUAAUGCUGGAAAACUAUUUCAACUUGAUCUCAGUUGGGUGUCAAGUUCCCAAACCAGAAGUCAUUUUCAACUUGGAGCGGGGAGAAGAGCCAUGUAUGUUGGAUGGUGAAAUCUCAAGCCAGAGCUAUCUAGAUCAGGGUAUUGGUUUUGAAACGUCACAACAGGGAAUGUCUGAAGAAGUUUCAAUCCAGUUUGAGAGAAUUAAUCUCUUCACAAGAGAUGACCUGUAUUCCAUUUUAGAAGAAUUGUGGCAAGAUGAUGAACAGACAGGGAGAUAUGAGGAAAACCAGAACAAACAUUUAAGUCAUGUUGCCUUCAUCAACAAGGAUACACUAACUAAUGAGGGAGACUGUGAAUAUGAUAAAGACAUUAGGAAAAUAUUUCAUGUAAACACAUACCUUGUUCCUUCAAGAAAAAGACUCCAUAACUAUGACGCAUUUCAAAAGAGUUUGAAGCCUAUUGUAAGCCUAUGUAAUUAUAAUAGAAACAAUGCAACAGAAAAUUUUGAUAAGAUUAUUGGAUAUGAUAAUAUCUUUACUCAUAUGAAUUCUCAUACAGAAAUGAAUGCUUGUGAAUAUAAUCAAUGUAAGAAACUUCUGAGUCAUAAGCAAACUCUCAUUCAACAUCAAAAAUUUCAUGGGGAGAACCUCUAUUUAUUUUCUGAUUGUGUAAAACUUUCCACCCAUAAGUCACACCUUUUUGUGCAUCAAAGGAUUUAUACUGAAGAGAAACAUCAUGAGUGCAGCAUAUGUGAAACAGUUUUCACUCGGAAGUCCCAAUUUGCUGUACCUCAGGUUUAUACAAGAGAGAAACCCUAUAUAUGCACUGAAUAUGGGAAGGACUUUUCCCUCAAUUCAAACCAUGAGAAAACUCCUCACACUGAGGAGACUGAUUGUAAAUGCAGUCCACAUGGAAAAACCUUUAUCCAGAAGUCAGAUCUGGUCAGACACCAGAGAAUUCAUACUGGAGGGAAAAAAACCUAUAAUUAUAGUGAAUGUGGGAAAAAUGUCUCUCAGAAUUCAAACCUCAAUAUACAUAAAAAAGUUCAUACUGGUGAGAAACACUUUGAAUGUACUGAAUGUGGAAAAGCUUUCACAAGGAAAUCAACACUAAGUAUGCAUCAGAAAAUUCAUACAGGAGAAAAACCCUAUGUAUGUACUGAAUGUGGGAAAGCCUUUAUCCGGAAGUCACAUUUUAUUACACAUGAGAGAAUUCAUACCGGAGAGAAACCUUAUGAAUGCAGUGACUGUGGGAAGUCCUUUAUAAAGAAGUCACAGCUCCAUGUGCAUCAGCGAAUUCACACAGGGGAGAAUCCCUUUAUAUGUUCAGAAUGUGGGAAGGUCUUCACCCAUAAGACAAAUCUCAUUAUACACCAGAAAAUUCAUACUGGUGAGAGACCCUAUAUAUGUACUGAAUGUGGGAAGGCCUUUACUGAUAGGUCAAAUCUCAUUAAACACCAAAAAAUUCAUACUGGAGAGAAACCCUAUAAAUGCAGCGACUGUGGAAAAUCAUUCACCUGGGAGUCACGGCUCAGGAUACAUCAGAAAUGUCAUACUGGAGAGAGACAUUAUGAAUGCAGUGAAUGUGGGAAAGCAUUUAUUCAGAAGUCAACACUGAGUAUGCACCAGAGAAUUCAUAAAGGAGAAAAACCCUAUGUUUGCACUGAAUGUGGGAAGGCCUUCUUCCAUAAGUCACAUUUUAUUACACAUGAGAGAAUUCAUACUGGAGAGAAACCUUACGAAUGCAGUGAUUGUGGGAAAUCCUUCACGAAGAAAUCACAGCUUCAUGUACAUCAGCAAAUUCACACAGGAGAGAAACCCUACAGAUGUGCUGAAUGUGGAAAGGCUUUUACUGACAGAUCAAAUCUCUUUACACACCAGAAAAUUCAUACUGGUGAGAAACCCUAUAAAUGUAAUGACUGUGGAAAAGCCUUCACUCGGAAGUCAGGCCUCCAUAUACAUCAGCAGUCUCAUACUGGAGAAAGACAUUAUGAGUGCAGUGAAUGUGGGAAAGCCUUUGCAAGAAAAUCAACACUAAUUAUGCAUCAGAGAAUUCAUACAGGAGAGAAACCUUAUAUUUGUACUGAAUGUGGGAAGUCCUUCAUCCAGAAGUCACACUUAAAUCGACAUCGGAGAAUUCAUACUGGAGAGAAGCCCUAUGAAUGCAGUGACUGUGGGAAGACCUUUAUUAAGAAGUCACAACUCCUUGAACAUCAUCGAAUUCACACAGGAGAGAAACCAUAUAUGUGUGCUGAAUGUGGAAAGGCCUUCACCAUCAGAUCAAAUCUUAUUAAACACCAGAAAAUUCAUACUAAACAGAAACCCUAUAAAUGUAGUGACUUUAGGAAAGCCUUCAACUAGAAAGCACAACUCAGUAUACAUCAGAAAUCUGAUACUGGGGAAGUAGAAUGCUCAGUGCCACAAUCAUGGUGUGGGGAUAAAAGUUUUGAGGAGCUAUAGCUUGACUAAGAAGCAAGAGGUAACCAAAGUCACUUUAUCCAGUCAGAAGUAUGAAUAUCUGGAUCUCAUAGCUGGCGUCCAGUUUUAUACAUAUGGGGAGACACUCUGGAGAAAGUGUUUAAGCAGUGUUUAAUGGCCAUGCUUGGUUACUUGGGAUUGUCAAGCCCCUGCAAAUAAUAGUACAUAUGGAAGGAGAUAACUUGGCAAUCUUUCUUGUUUUACAUUUUGGAUAAGCAGCUUUAUAAAUCAGGGCUGUUGAGUUUUUCAUGCC